AUGGCCUCUCCCAAAGUUUGGUUUAUAACGGGGUCGUCCUCGGGACUCGGAAGGUCUAUGACAGAGUACGUACUCAGCCAAGGCGACAUCGUAGUAGCAACCCUCCGCAAACCACAAGUCCUCUCCGACCUCGCAGCUCGAUACUCAGCAGACAAACUCCUCGUACUCAAAGUCGAUGUCACGAAGCAAGAAGAUAUCGACGAAGCGUUCGCGCGCACGCGUUCGGCGUUCGGACGGCUGGACGUAGUGUUCAACAAUGCCGGAUAUGCACUUAUCAGCGAAAUCGAAGGCACGCCGGAUGAUAAAGCACGUGAGCUUUUCGAGACAAAUUUUUGGGGCGCGACAAACGUUAGUCGUGCUGCUGUGAAGUUUUUUAGGGAGGUGAAUGAACUAGGCAAGGGGGGGAUACUCCUUCAAGUUAGUUCGGUUGGCGGGUUUAAUGCGGUCCCUGGGUUGAGUUAUUAUGCUGCGUCCAAACAUGCGCUGGAGGGGUUCUCAGAUGGUCUUGCGAAGGAGCUGCCAGCUUCCUGGAACAUAAAUGCACAAAAACAGAUCUGCAUCAUUGAACCUGGGGCAUUUCACACAAACGUAAUUGGAGAGGCAACCGUGUCACCGCAGCAUCCAGCAUACGCCAACGAGUCCUUUCCGAGUUCCGUGCUGCGUCAGAUGCUAAAGGGUGUACUUUGGGAAGGAGACGCGGACAAGUUCGCGCGGACUGUGUAUGAGGUCGUACAGGGAGGAAAGAUACCGAAGCGGUUGCCUAUGGGUUUGGAUGCUCUUGAGGUGCUGAAUCUUAGGAUUGAGGAUUUAAGGGCAACUGUGGACGAGACGAAGGGAUGGUCAGUGGAUUUAAGGAGAGCUGAGGGGGGACUCAGAAUACGUACCUAA